AUGGUCGGAUCGGCCCUUGCUAUGUCUCUUAUCGGCCUCAGCGCCGUCCAGGCCCUGCCCACAGGGAAGACCGUCGAGGAGCGUCAGAUCUGGAUCGGACCCGGCACAGGCGUCCUCAUCCCCGGCCCGGGUGAGCUGCCUCCCUGCCUGACCGACCAACCCCUCCAAGGCCAGCCACCCUGCCUCCUACCUCCCAUCGUUGGCCCGAUCGAACCAAGCACGAAGAGGGAAAUCGGGAAGCGGCAAAUCUGGGUCGGGCCCGGGUCCGGCACCCUCAUCCCUGGCCCGGGUGAGCUACCUCCCUGCCUGACGGACCAGCCCCUCCAAGGGCAACCUCCCUGCCUUCUCCCACCCAUCGUUGGCCCGAUCAAGCCGAGCACGAAGACGAAGCGGCAAGUGACCAUCGGGGAUGGCACAGGCGUAUUCAUCCCUGGCCAGCCCGAGGUGCCCAUCUGCUUGACCGAUGUUCCCCUCAACGAGCAGCCCCCAUGCAUGCUGCCGCCUAUCGUGGGCGGGCUCGAGCCAAGCACCAAGAAGCGAGGAUUCGUCCUCCCGCCCGACGCCACCACGAACCCGAAGAAGGUCAUCAUAACGCUGGAGAAGGAGCUCAUCCGGCUGCAGAACAAGAGGCACAAGACCAAGCAAGACCGCGAAGACAUUGAGGCCAUCCGGGCUGCCCUGAAGUUCCUCGCCGGCAUCACCCACAUCUCGGCGCCCCCCGGAACCGGCUCGACCUUCACACCGGGCAAGCGGGACGAGUUCAACCUCGGCACUGGCGAAGGCGGCAGCGUCACCAAGUGCCCCAACCUCGACGGCGCCCAGAUCGCCCUCCAGACCCUCAUGCACAAGGACAAGCACACGCACGAGGAGCGCAUCAUCAUGGAGAAGCUGGUCGCCUUCCUCAAGAGCUGCGGCAUCACCAUCGUCAAGUCGCCCGAUGGCACCUUCACUACCAUCAAGCCCUCUGACUAA